AUUGCGAAACAAACGGGGCAAAAUAGAGUAUUCAUUUUUUAGAGUAGUCGUAGUCUCGUAGAGAGUUAAGAAUUUCGAGAAGGUAGUAGUAGUAUCUGUCUAAGCACUCCCAUUGAUAUGACUUUGGUUUCUUCCAUUUUUCACGAUGUUAACAAGUGAUUGUAAGUAACUGCGCAAAACUCUGGUUUACUCCGUCGGACCAAAGAAGUAGAAGAAGAAACAGCCAACUUUUCUGGUGGGCAUGUCUCAUUCAUGGGUCCGAGCGCUUUCGGCUUGGAAGAAGAAUUUCGUUUUGGGUUUGUUUCGUCGCAAAACUAUAUCUCUGCCUCAUACCUUGGAACCCAGAAACUCCCUUGGUUCGACUUCAGCAGUUCAUAAUUGUGACGAAUUUACAUCCAUUUUAGGAUCCCUUCUUAUUGUAACUGUAUCACGGGGCAGGAACUGCUGUAGGUCCUUUUCGAGCCUCCGUCAUUGUAUUGUCGAGGAUACCGGGGAAGUUCGCAAGGUACCCAAUAAUAAGUUGUCUGGUUUUGGUUCAUCUGAUGCUUCAGAUGGCGGUUUUGAUGUCUCUCCUUUAAGUCCUGUUAGUGAUAAUGAUAGUGAAAUUGGGAAGGCUCACGAUAGGUAUCGAAAACCGAUUGACUUCACCAAAGUGAAAAAGAAUUUGCUUCCAACUGUAGUUAUUAUUGGACGUCCCAAUGUGGGCAAGUCAGCCUUGUUUAAUCGUUUAAUUCGGAGGAGGGAGGCACUUGUGUACAACACUCCGGAUGAUCAUGUUACUAGGGACGUCAGAGAGGGCAUUGCAAAGUUGGGUGAUUUACGAUUUAGGGUACUGGAUUCAGCAGGCUUAGAAACGGAGGCAACUUCAGGCUCUAUUCUUAAAAGAACUGCAGGAAUAACGUCAAAUGUGCUCGGAAGAUCACAGUUUGCCAUAUUCCUUCUAGAUGCGAGAGCUGGACUGCACCCCCUCGAUAUGGAGGUUGGAAAGUGGUUGCGCAAACAUGCACCUGGAAUCAAGCUUGUAGUAGCGUUGAACAAGGCUGAAUCUCUUUUCGAUGGCAGAGAAUCUCUUGAAGCGGCAGCUGCUGAAGCUUACAGAUUAGGAUUUGGGGACCCUAUUGCUAUAUCAGCUGAAACUGGAUUGGGCUUGCAAGAUCUUGAUGAGGCUCUUAGGCCAUUGCUUGAGGAUUAUGUGCUCAAAGUCUUAAAUGAUGAAGGUGUUGAGGGGAGUAAUUUCACUCAGGACAACGAUUCCUCUGAGGUUGAGGAGAGUAAGCUGCCAUUACAGUUGGCAAUUGUGGGACGGCCUAAUGUUGGGAAGUCAACCUUGCUUAAUUCAUUGUUACAAGAAGAUCGUGUUUUGGUGGGUCCAGAAGCUGGACUGACAAGAGAUUCAAUCAGAGCUGAGUUUGAAUUUCAAGGAAGAACCAUAUAUCUGGUUGAUACUGCAGGUUGGCUGCAGAGGACUAAAGAUGAGAAAGGACCAUCAUCCUUGAGCAUUAUGCAAUCAAGAAAGAGUAUUAUGAGGGCUCAUGUAGUUGCUUUGGUGCUUGAUGCUGAAGAGAUUGCAAAAGCUAAGAGAAGCAUGACGCAUACUGAAGUCGUUAUAGCUAGACGAGCUGUAGAAGAAGGACGCGGUUUAGUUGUAAUUGUGAAUAAAAUGGAUCUUUUGAGAGGAAAACAAGAAUAUAAAAGAGUUAUGGAAUCUGUUCCUGAAGAAAUUCAGACCGUGAUAAUACCCCAGGUGACGGGAAUACCUGUUGUAUUUAUAGCAGCAGUGGAGGGAAAGGGCAGGAUAGCUGUAAUGCGGCAGGUCGUCGAUACAUAUGAGAAAUGGUGUUUAAGAUUGCCCACAGCUCGUCUUAACCGUUGGUUGCGUAAGGUUAUGAGUAGGCAUUCUUGGAAAGAUCAGGCUGCACAACCUAAGGUCAAGUACUUUACGCAGGUGAAAUCCCGACCGCCUACUUUCAUCGCCUUUGUGAGCGGCAAAACACGUCUUUCGGAUACAGACAUUAGGUUCUUGACAAAGUCUUUGAAAGAAGACUUCGAUUUGGGUGGAAUUCCCAUCAGGAUCAUGCAGAGGAUUGUUGAAAGAAAAGUCGGGGCUAGCGGUAGCAAGCCGCCUAGCCAGUCCGGUGGGAGAACGGCGGAAAGGACCUUUUCUGACAAGAGAUGUGCAUCUACUUGAAUAACAAUCUUAACUUGAACAGAGGGUCACAAUUUUGGUUCCUAAUUCUGUGAUCAUGUUUCAUAGGGUCACUAUUAUG